AUGGCGAUAUGGCCAUUUGGUCGGAAAAGCAAGCGACAUACAAUCCAGUUGGAUAAUGGCGCUGUCGAAGAAGCCCGCUUGUCGCAGGAACAACGUCAUAGCUUGGAUACCAAACCUUCACGCAAGCAAUCGAAGCGGCAAAAAAACCGACACUCUAACCCGGUGGGCGACCUCUCGACUUCCUUGAGUGAGACUUCGCCCCCUUCUCAGCCUCAUCGCCUCCCUGCACCUACGCCAGACAACGAGCAGGCUAUCUCGAUGAGAGACGCACGGGAUCAGGCCUCCCGGACAGGCUACCGUCACGAUGGUCAUGCCCCUCGCUCGACCGUCGGUCAGGACCACCCCUCAAUAGCGCUGGUGAAAUCGAAACGUCCCGAGAAUGGCCCCUCGGUCCUGAAAAAGAAAUUAAGCAAGCGAAAGGCCUACGAAAUCGCCAGAGAGCGAGAAAUUCGUCUGAUGGCUUCCUCGCCGAUUGACAUUCCCCACCGUUCAUACCAGUCCGGAGACAACCUCUCGGUCGACACCCGCCGACCUCCGAGGAAUCAUAGUCGACGAUCCGAUCGACACCAAUCCGAUCUCAGUCUCUCCCUUCGUGACUCCGCGUCCUCGCUCUCCGAUUGCGCGGACUCUUACACCUUCAAAGUUAACGGGCUCAGUGCUUGGACCCCGCGUCCCGUUAUCCGAUACGUCGAAGCCCCUCGAGUUCCGACCGCCAAGAGCCAAAAAACAUCCGAGGGGUCGACCCGGAAGGAAAAGACCCCCGCCGUCUCAGUUUCGGAGGAAAAUGCCUACUCGAAGAAACGAGUGGAUAGACUGGCCGAUGAUCUCGAUGCGGGCGCCUUGAGGGAGCUGUUGGAAAGAGAUCGUCGACGAAAGGAGCGAAAACAGAUCGAAGACCAGGAGAAACUGCAACGUAGACUCCAACGGACCGCUGAGCGGCAAAGAUUGGAAGCGGAGCGUGAAUCUGCGGCUCGUGCCCACCAGGACGGAAAGGAGGACAGUGCCCAAAUCCAGCGAGGCCGGCCAGGUGCCGAGAACCACGCUGAAACCGAUCGUGCGGGCAGAGAUGAUGCGUCCAAAGCCAACGAGAUGACAACCAUCCAGUCUGGCGACCCUGCCGGCUCAUGGUUGCGAGAUGCUUCCAAGGAUGCCCACCGCAAAAUCCGUGAAUCCACCGAAAGUGUCAGUGUCAUCGGCAAUAUUGACGACAGCUCUAUCCGGGAACCGAAGUUGGGCAUGCGUCGCAGCUUUGCUCCGUCUCAGGAGAUGGCUAUGUCGCGAAGUACCUUGCAUAGUCCUUCAUCUUCCCAGGUCAAUGGCAUGGGCCGAGAAUCCACCUCGGAUUUAUCACGAACUGUCGACUCGGAGCGACGCCUGUCCGACCACGGCAAUGGUCGGAUGAACACGAUAUCGUCGAUUUUCCGACGGGGCAGUUCGCGUCUUAAGCGAAGAUACCGUGAACGAUUCCACGAUCAGCGAUCAGAAAUUUCCAACAACACCUCCCACGAAUCUUUUUUCAAGGUGUCCACCCAGUCAUCUGGACCGCCACCCUACGUGCCUCCCAAGACGUUCCUGCAUUCGGGUACGAUCAAGCGCUCUCAGUCCAAGUUCACCGAACAUUUUGGAGAUGAGCCGCUCUCGCCUCCUGACUCUCGCCUUCAGUCCCCGGACAUCCCCGAAGAGCUCGAGGAUGAACAUGAACCGUCCGCCGGACACAUGGUUUCGCGAUACCCGAUUCCCGGGUCUGACGUGGACCUACCGGAUGCCAACGGAAACCCUCACAACUCCUGGACCGGCGAGAGCAUCGAAGGCGACGCGGAAAAUGUACCCUUGUCGCAGUCGCUGGCAUCGAUUGAUUCCGAAGGAUCAUGGAUGUCCGGGAAGUUCCUACGCCGUAUCUCUCAAAGAACAAGCAACCCCGUUCGUCCCAGCCUGAGCUCAUCCAGGAGAAGAUUGGAUGAAGGGAGCGAAGGACUACCGAAAGAAGAUGAGGUGGCCAACAACGGCGAGGAAUUGGUCAAAUUCAGCACCAACAACGACGAUCCAACCCGAGCCAGCCACGCGGUCAGCGAAGCCGACCAUGAUUUCGACAUGGUCCAGGCAGCAGCAGCGUCAGAGGAGAAUUGGCACGAUCAUGUUGCGCGGCGGCCAGUUCUCGUCACCCCCGCGAUCCGACCGAAAUCGAACGAAGGGAUCCUCAACUCUGUUAUUGCGGAUGCGGACGAGGAAUUCAGCCCGAUCGAGGAGCAUUCUGCCGAGUACCAUUUCGCCAAAGAUGACGGCUAUGACAGCGGGCAUUGUCACUGA